CUAUGCAAUUUCGGUUGCAAAUUGCCUUAUAAUUUUUAUAAUAUUUUUUUUUCCGUUUUGUUUUUGUUUUUGUUGGUCUUGCCCCUGCAAUCGAACAUUGAAUUGAUGUAUGUGUGUGUGUGCAUGUGUGAAGAGUGCGCGUGUUUUUUACUUGGCACAAGCGCGGGAAUUUUGAAGCGUUAAAUGUUUGUGAAACCUCGCCAAACGCAACUUUUUUCAAAUAAGCGCGCACAAAUACAAGUACACGAGGAACGAUUCGAAUCGCCUGUUGAUUGAAAUGCAACACGCGCAACGCAAUAACAAUACCAACAACAACAAAAACGAACUACAAUUUAACUAGCAAAUAUCGAAAUUGUCAAGAAGUCAUAACAACAGCAACAACAAUCGUUCAACUAGUGCAAAUAUAAAUCCAAACAAAAUUUUUAACAAUACAUCAAAAUUCAACGCAAUUAAAUUUUCAACCAACAGUCAGCAAAAAAUAAGAAUUAAAAAUUAAAAACAACACCAAAACGUCCAGCAAAUAAUAAUAACAACAACAGCAAGAAGAAGAAGAAGAAGAAGUCGACGAAAUAGAAGCAAAGAUAAAGAAUUUGUUUUUGCACUGUCCAGUGAAAUACGAGAGCCCGCGCUGAGAAGAAGCAGAGAAGUGUAGAGCGGGAAAGAGAGUGCAGUACGGAGCAGAACAACAGUAAACAACGGCAACAAAAAUGUCGGCGACAAUUGUACAAAAAUCAACUGGAACUGCAAAUAUCGUUGGCAAUACACACUAUUUCGAAUGCGAUGACAUAUUCCAAUCGGUUGUCAGUGAUAUGCAGCAGCAGCAGCAACAGCAGCAGCAACAGCAGCAGCAGCAACUGGAUCACAUCCUGGACGCCAGCAUGGAACAGCACCUAACCGAUAAGGAUCAUCUUCAGCAGCAGCAGCAGCAGCAGCAACUGCUGCAUCAGCAGCAUCAUCGCUUGCAUGGACCGUUAACGCGAACCAUCUCACAGCCGGCUCAGCGGCUGAGCCAAUUGACACAACAACAACAACAGCAACAACAGCAGCAACAGCAGCAGCAGCCGCAAGUUGCUUCGCUGGUGACCAUCAUUGAGAAUCUGAGCAACAUAACGCUGCACCGCAAGUUGGAGCGCACGCAGUCGGAGCCGCUGCCGCCGCAGCAGCCAAUGAACACAUCGCGCUACAAGACGGAAUUGUGUCGUCCGUAUGAGGAGGCCGGCGAAUGCAAAUACGGCGAAAAGUGUCAAUUCGCCCACGGCUAUCACGAGUUGCGCAACUUGCAGCGUCAUCCCAAGUACAAGACCGAAUAUUGUCGCACCUUUCACAGCGUCGGCUUCUGUCCCUACGGACCGCGCUGCCACUUCGUACACAAUGCGGACGAGGCGCGUGCGCAGCAGCAGCAGCAGCAGCAGCAACAACAGCAGCAACAGCAACAGCAGCAACAACAACAACAACAGGCGGCCAAAACGUUCCAGAAGCCUGCGCAGCUGACCAGCAACAACAACAACAGCAGCAGCAGCCAAUACUUUUUGCCGCUGAGCCCGCCGCUGAGCAUGAGCACCGGUUCGGACCGCGAAUCGCCGACCGGCUCGCUCUCGCUGUCGCCCACAAAUUCGCUGACAAAUUUCCCAUUCCAUGAGGCGGCCGCCUACUUGAGUAUGCCCAACAAUUGUAACGGUACUACGGGCAAUGGGCACGCCUCCUCGGCUUCGUCGACGUCCUCGGCGUGCGGCUUGGCGCCGGCCACGCCUCCGGAUAGCCCAAAUGCGCCCAUAUCGCCGGUGCAUACGCCGCCGCCGCCGUCGUCGUCGUCGUCGUCAGCGCAGUACGAGAACAACAACAACAACAGCAACAACAGCGACAACAGCGACAACAACAACAACAAGCAGCUGCUGCAGAAGAGCAUCAGCUCGCCGUUGCAACAGCACGAGGAGGCGCCACGGCUGCCCGUUUUUAAUCGUUUGAGCUCAUCGACAGCCGCCACAAUUUUAUUGCAAAAAUCUCAGACAAUUAAUCGAUAUCCGAUCAUUCCGCAGGAGAGUUUCUUGUAAUCGGCGGCGCCACCUUUGUGGUGAAUACAGACAAAAGGAAAUUCACCAUAUGCCGUUUUUCCCCCUCCCCCAAUAUCCACAAACACACACACACACACACAC